CAACGACGGAAGGAGGACGGCUGGGGAGUCGCAGCCCGGGAUUGUAAAUAAGACCGCCUAAACUGUGUUUUAUUUACAAAAGUGAUACCGGCUGUUUUAAAAUAUCUUUCCCAGUUGUUUUAAAUCGUUUUUCGUAAUUUUUGGCUCUAUUCCUCGCCUAUUUCCGUGUGGUUUUUACACUACGCGUAUAAUGGCGAGCUCGGCUAACUCGAACCCAGUGCCUAAAUUAUACAAGAAUGUGAUUGACGAUGUGAUCAAUGAGGUGCGAGAGCUGUUCCUGGACGAGGGAGUAGAUGAACAAGUUCUUCUGGAGCUGAAAACGCUAUGGGAGAACAAGCUUUUGCAGUCCAAGGCAGUGGAGGGCUUCAACACUGACGAGCAGAAAGCCCUGCAGGCCGCACAGCAGCAGCAACAACAGGUUCAGCAGGUCCAACAAGUCCAGCAGGUGACCCAGCCAGCUCAGUCCCAGCAAGUCAUCCUGCCACCCCAGCAACAGCAAGCUCCCCAGCAGCAAGUCAUUGUUCAGGAAUCUAAGCUUAUACACAUGGGUGGAACGGGGAUGAGUGCAGCAGCUACCGCAGCAACCCUGGCUUUGCCCACAGCGGUCACCCAAUACCAACAGCUCCUCACCAGCCAAGGCCAGAUCCUGCAGUUAGUCCGUGGUCCCAACGGGGCUCAGUACAUCAUCCAGCCCCAGCAGCAGAUCCUCCUGCAGCAGCAGAUGCAGCCUGGUGGCGUGCAGGCACCGGUAAUACAGCAGGUUCUGGCUCCUCUGCCAGGAGGCCUGUCCCAGCAAGCAGGAGUCAUCAUACAGCCGCAGCAGAUUGUCUUAACCCCAGGAAACAAAGUCCAAGGCAAUACACAGGUGAUGCAAGCAGCAGCUAUGGCGCCACAGCCCAGCCAGGCAGCAACAGCUCAGGUCCAGCAGGUCCAGCAGGCCCCAGGAGCGACUGCACCACAAGCCUCAGCGCAGCCCCAGGCCCAACAGCAGCAACAGGCCCAGCCUCAGGCACAGCAGCCUCCCAUGAUGCUGCAGGUGGACGGAACCGGGGAGACGUCUUCAGAAGAGGACGAGGAUGAGGAGGAGUACGACGAAGAUGACGAUGAGGAGAAAGACAAGGAUGGAGCAGAAGAUGGGCAGGUUGAAGAGGAGCCGCUGAACAGUGGAGACGACGUCAGCGACGAAGAGGACCAGGAGCUGUUUGAAACAGACAACGUAGUGGUGUGCCAGUACGACAAGAUUCACAGAAGUAAGAACAAAUGGAAAUUCCACCUGAAGGAUGGGAUCAUGAAUCUGAACGGGAGAGACUACGUCUUCUCCAAAGCCAUCGGGGAUGCCGAGUGGUGAAGCAGAAAAAGGAACGGGAGAAAGCAACAGGAGCAGGAUCUCUGUAACUCCUAUCCAGUUAACAGACAGUUUAGCAUCCUUCCACAUCCUGUGACUGGAUUCAUUCAGGAAACUGUUUCUGAGACUCAGAACUCUUGAGACAAACCCAAAGGACUGUGAGGUACUGUAAAACCCGGGUGUAGUCAGAAAACACUCGACUAGCCUUGCGGGAUGAGAAACCAACAGAGGAAGGGAAAAGCCCCGUGAGCCGAGCGCCGUUUCUCUUUAUUUCUUCUUCCAGGCUUCUCUGCCUUUCCCCCCCAGAGAAUUCACCUAACUUUGGAAAGAAAGCAUUUCACCAUCAUACAGGUGUAGAGGACCAGGGUGACCUCGGCUUCCCUGCCACACAAGGUCAGAGGUCAUUCGUUAUAACCCCAUAGAUGAGAAACACCUUUGCAAUCACUGUAGUCGGUUGACUGGAUUGACUCGUGUCUACGUUCGUGUCCAAACUUAGUGCCACCAGUCGAGAUCGCUGCCUUUAGAACAACCAGAAUCACCUGUUUUUGGCUUCUUUUUUUUAUAUCCUAAUUCUGUCUGAAUUCACGUUUAUGAAAAAGGUGCUCCAGAGUGUUUUUAUGUAGGCGACCUGUUCUUCAAACAUUAUGUUUUAAAUGCGUUUAAUGAAGGAGUUAAAAAGAAGGUAAAAUAACAUCACCUUACAAUAACUCAUUUUUUUUAUCUUCGUCGCAGCACUUAACCCCCCCUCCCCCAGCACCCCCCCCACUGGCUUCUCUGGAGCUUCAUUCCAUCUUUAACGUUAAGAAUAAAAUAAAGAUAAAAACGUGAGACACUGAAUUCAUUUAAGGAUUGUACAAAGGUGUCUCAGUUUGUCCUGUUAGUGAAUCGCCUUUGCUUUUAUUUUUAGUUCUGCAGCCGUCGGAAAUUUUGCACUGUCGGUUUAUCAGUGUGUUGUGAAGUCAGUCAGUCCACUUAAUCAAUAGCCGCAGAGACGUGUGUGUGUGUGUGUGUGUGAGAGGGACUGUACAGACACGUGGUGAGUGUGUGUUGUUGUCGUCGCUGGUUUUCUGUGAAAAGGUUUCAGUUUAUUUCUCUCACAGUCUGAAAAUGUCACAGAGCAGUGAGGUUGGUGUCUGUCCUGUUUUUUCUAUUUAUUUCUGAAAGUUCAUAAAUUGUUUUUCUUUUUUUUAAGGUUGGAAAGCCGCACCGAACUGUGCUCUUAUAAUCUAACAAGUGUUCCUUUUUCUUUUCUUCUCUCCUUUCUUCUUAUGUCAGCCUGAUAAAAGCUGCACGGCGCUGUUUUCCAAACCAUUUCGUCCACCGUAUGUUCUCGUCUGCUUCCGUUUUAUUCAUGACUUUUAAACUGAGGAUAUUUUCUAUCCAAGUGAGUUUAACUCGAGGGGGGGUUGUGUGUGUCUCUGCAGUUUGUUUUUAGUGCCCCUGUUGCAGCAGUUUGAAAUAAAGUAUAUAUGUGUUUUGA